AUGGAUCUACCUCAACGUAAUAAUAUACGACCAAAUAAAUAUACUGGUCUUACAUUGUAUAUUCUAUUAGUACUAGGAUUCUUAAUAUUUAGUCUAACAGGUUACUUAUACACGCUUCCACCAACAGGUCCAGAUGCACCUGGAUGUAGGCAAGCAUGGAUGUCUCCAUCAUAUGCACGAAUAAAAGGAUUUGAUGAAUCACAUACUAAAUUUGCAUCGAAAUAUUCCUUAUAUUUAUAUCGUGAACAAUGGAAAGAUAAAAUCCCAGAUGAAAAGAAUGGAUUUGAUUUAUUGGAUGGAAUUCCGGUAUUAUUUAUCCCUGGGAAUGCUGGUAGUUAUAGACAAGUUAGAUCAAUUGCUUCAGAAUGUACAAAUUUAUAUCAUGGAGAAUUUGAAAAAUAUCAUGAUAUAAAUCCAAAAUUUAGAAAUUUGGAUGUUUUCACCGCUGAUUUUAAUGAAGAUUUCACGGCUUUUCAUGGUAGAACCAUAUUGGAUCAAGCUGAAUAUCUUAAUGAAGCUGUUAGGUUUAUAAUUGAUUUAUAUUCCCAGAAUGAACAUCCAGCAAAAUCAGUCAUAAUUAUUGGUCAUUCUAUGGGUGGAAUUGUAUCUAGAGUAAUGGUUACCUUACCCAAUUAUCUUGAAGGUUCUAUAAAUACCAUUCUUACAUUAUCAUCACCUCAUGCCGCUGCGCCAUUGACUUUUGAUGGUGAUAUACUAAAGAUUUAUUCAGCAAUUGAUAGAUUCUGGUUUGAUGGAUUUGACCCUCAUUCAACUAGUGAUUAUGCUAAAUUAGCUCAUGACAGAUUGAAAAAUAUUUCUUUGAUUUCGAUAACUGGUGGUGAAUUGGAUUCAACAUUGCCUGCAGAUUAUACUACGCUUAGUUUUUUGGUUCCACCUACUAAUGGAUUUACGACAUUUACAACUGGGAUUCCAUUAGUUUGGUCUCCAAUUGAUCAUUUGGCUAUUGUAUGGUGUGCUCAAUUAAGAAGAAGAAUUGCUGAAAGUUUACUUGAAGUUGUGGAUUAUGACCUGCCAUAUAAGACAAUUCCAUUGCAGCAGAGAAUGAAAGUAUUUCGGAAACAAUUCUUAACUGGGUUUGAAGAUUAUUCAAGUCAAGAUUUUGUGGGAUUAACUGGUGGAGAUAAUAAUGUUAUUAAUCUUAAAAUUGAUUCACAGCAGUUGAAUUAUAUCGGAAAAGAAAAUUCAAUUGUCAUUGGUAAAGAAAAUCAGUCUAUACGGAAAUUCAAUUUAUUCUCCUUAGAAAAAGAAGAAAAUCAAACAUUUUCCCUUAUUUCAUCACAAAAAUUAUCAAAAAAAGUUGACUUCAAUUCCGAGAAAGGUCCAUUAGUAUUACUUUGUUCCAAAUUUGGUGGCGAGGAAUACGUGGAUGCAAUUGCAAUGGAUGAUUUGACCGACCAACAAACAACUGAAUUCAAUGCUAUGAAAUGUGUCGAUAUAUCAGUCGACUCCACGGUAGUUCCUUGCUCAACUAGAGAUACUGAUUCACUUGCAGAUUCCUCAUUAGGUGGAAAUAAAUCUCCGUUUUAUAGUCUAGAAUUGAAUUCGACAAUUUUGAACAAGUAUGACCACUUGUUAAUUGUCCAAAAACCAAUCUCCACCGACAGAGAUUUCUUAAUGGCACAAUUAAAUGAAGAAUCAACCACAAAGUUCAACAUUAAAGGUAAUCUAUUCACCCUAUUUACUUCCAGUGGUUCAGAAUCUUUACCUUCCGAUAGACCAUUAUCAGUGACAAUAGAUAUUCCAGGAGCUUGGAAUAGUAUCUUUGUAUAUAAACUAAAACUCAACGGACUCAGUAUUGAAGGAGAUCAUUUCACUAGUUUUAUCCGUCAAUAUAGUGAUGAACCAUAUGAAACCAAAUGGUAUAUAAAUUUAGAUAAAUCCCAAGAAUUAUCACUUAGCAUGCAUGGAAUUGCACCAUUUAUUCCAUAUAGAUUGAAAACAAAUUAUGGAAUGAAGAUUCAAUUAUGGACAGAUAUAAGUAGUCUUACUCAUGAGACUACUACCGAUAUUGAAAUUUCUAUUGAUUGGAUAAGAAGUUUGAGAUUAUUGGUUUUGAGAUAUAGAAUAUCGAUCAUUUCGAUGAUUGUCCUGAUUGUGGCACUUGUUUUAUUGAUACAAUUUAGACUUUAUGUGAAUGGGAAAUUUCCAUCGUUUAUUAAUAUAUUAUGUUUGGUUAAUCAGAAGGCAUGGUGGUUGAUUGGGUUGGCUUUGAUUAUACUUAAUCCGGUGGUUAAGAUACACGGAGUACAAAUGAUUUUGAAUUUACUUGAUCCGGUUGUGGUUCAAGAUUCUAAUGAGAUAAAUUUGAGUAUACAUUCGAAUUAUAAAUUGAACGGGUUUUACUUGGGAUUAGAUGAAGAAUUUUCAAUCGUGGGGAUAGUCUUGUAUUUAGUUGCUAAUUUCAUUAUCAUUAUGACUUAUUUUAUGAUAUUGACGAUAUGCACUAUUGUUAGAUCAGUUACUGAUAGGUUUUUCAUACGACAUGCAAGUAAAGCUAGAAAAUCAUCAGUUGAUAAUAAUAGUACUGAUUCAUUGUCAGAGAAAUCAAAAGCGGAACCAAUUGCCACCCCCAAUUAUCGUAGAAUAAUUGCUACAAUUCUUUUAAUUGGGGCAAUACCAAUCUACAUUCCAUAUCAGUUUGUAUUUACAGUUUGUUGUUUUGUACAAAUCAUAAAUGUGAUUAAAUGUUGGCAUUUGCAACAAGUUUUCAAUUUACAAGUAUCAUUGUUAAUAUUAAUGUUAUGGAUUCUUCCUAUAAAUGUCCCUAUAAUCAUUGUAUUUAUCCAUAAUCAGGCAGUUAAUUGGAAGACUCCAUUUAGUUCUCAUCAUAAUUUACUAUCAAUUAUUCCAAUUUUUGUAUUUGUCUUGAGAAAUAAUUUUAAGAAAAUACCAAAAAUCAAACUAAAAUAUAUCAAUGUUUUACAAUGGUAUUUAAUAUAUGUUAUUGGUUAUUCAUUGAUAUAUGGUGGUCGUCAUACUUAUUGGUUACAUCAUUUGUUUAAUUUGCUUUGUUGUAUUUUGAUAAUCAUGUUUUAUGAUACUAAAGAAGAAGAAGAAUCCGGGGAGAAAAGUAGCCGUUCAUGA